AUGCUGCUCCUUGAUCUUCCGAGUGCGAUUCUUUUUCAUAUCGCCGAUAUCCUGGAGUAUUCUUGGGACCUUCACUCACUUAUUCUCGUCAACCAUUACUCUCAUGCGCUAUUAAAUCCAUUUCUUUACCGGCACAAGAUCCAAUAUACCCAAAUCUCCACGCUAGAUUGCGGUGCGGCUCUGGGAUGCGACACCAUUGUGCGCAAGCUCCUCGACAGAAAGGUUCUACCGAAAGAAUAUGACAAGCACUACCUGCAGAAGAAAAUGGCCGUCGCCGCAGAGAAUGGACAUCUACAUGCACUAUGUCUGUUCAUGGAGUCGUGGGCGCGGCUGCCUCACUCGCCAUUCAAUCGUCGGCCCAAACUAUCAAUAUAUCUUGGAUCUGCACUCUUUCAGGCAGUGAAUAGCGGUCACGACAUGAUUGCCUUGUUGCUGCUCGACUAUGGAGUAGACCCGACUAUCUGCCCAGAGACCUGGUCAUGCAUAGCUGACUACCCUAUAGCAAUUGCAGCAAGGCACGGUCGAUUACCUGUGCUCAAGCGGAUGAUAGAGCGUGGUCGGAGCGCCCCAUACGAGAACCCCAUUGACCUAAUAGGCCUGCUCUUCCGUGCGGCAGGGGGCGGCCACCCAAACGUCAUCCGCUAUCUGAUAGAGCUGGGUGUUGACCCGAAUGCCUCAAAGAAUGGCCACUAUGCUAUAGAGUCUGCUGCCAUGCGCGGAGGCGUCGAGGCAGUCCGCUGCUUGUUAGAUUGCAGAGCAGAUCCGUGCCCUCCUUUGCCUAACGGAGCAACACUAGGACCGCUUUGCUUAGCUGUCUCGCGGGGGACACUUGACGGUGCGAAGCUCUUGCUGGAUAGAAUAAACAUUGAUGAGUAUCUUGCUAGUGGUAGAGAGCUCACUCCGUUGCUUUGUUGUGCUGCCGCUUGUGGCGUGGAGGAUCUAGUGCGAAAACUUUUGGGGCAAGCAUGCAAUCCCGACGCCGUGGAAAAUGUGUCCCCUUCGAGGUCAUUCCAGUUUCAUAGCGACCGCACGCCGAUCUUAUGGGCAACAAUGAACGGACACAAGGAGAUUGUGCGGCUUCUACUCGAGAACGGUGCUAAACCUGAUCCAGCUCUGUUGGCUUGCGCGAUCAACAGCAAGGUCCGGUCAAUGUCUCUUAUCACACUACUGCUGGACAAGGGCGUCGAUCUCCAGGAGUGCUAUUUUGAUUCUACAACACCCCUGUUGUUGAAAGCUCUGGACGACCCAGUCUUAUUCAAGCUCCUCCUUGAGAGAGGCGCUGAUCCAAAUCAUCCCGCGUAUCAAGGGUUGAUAAUGCAACAUGCAAUGAAGCACGGUGAAGUUCCCCAGGUCCGGAUGCUUCUCGAUUGUGGCCUUCAACUAGGGAUCCCUCUCGGUACCGACCAUACAGACGGCACUCUUCUGCGCUUCGCAACCCACGGGGGAGCUCUCAUGCUAGAGUUUCUCUUCAAGCACGGAUACGAGCCCUCUACCGAUGAUAAAAAUGACACAUUUGACGUCGUCGGUCUCGCAAUAUCAAGACAUAAUGUGCCCGCACUGAGGUUCCUCCUCGACAGAGGCGUCAAGCUUACAACAAGUAAACGCUAUAGCCCUCUCUUCGAGCCUGGUAUCUGCACCCACGACACAUGCGAGGUAAUAGAGCCGAUGCUGGACCUGCUAUUGAGCCGAGGACUCGAUAUCCACGCUGAAGACCUCUCCGGCAGGAACUGCGUCUGGCAUGCUCUCGGCUACAGUGGCACAGUGGCACCCACAACAUACCUAAAGGCCCUCCUGAAGCGCGGGGCUCGUCCGUUGUCGCGAGGCUAUGAGACAUCGCCCCUGUAUAAGGCAGUAAGCAGGGGACUUGUGGACGCAGUUCGGGCUAUGUUGGAGCUCGGCGACUUUCGAGAGGUCCCACGAAGCGAGUUGAAGGCUGAACUCUCCAUGGCUAAGGUUGAAGCCAUUGGCCAAGAAAAGUGGAAGAUUGUGAGGAUUAUAGAGCGCUUCUGGUAUGGACAUGGUCUCCAUUUGAUCUGA